CAGGAAGCUACAGUCCCUGGUGGGUUUCUUGAAGUGAAGGAACUGAGUGGAAAGAGUGUCUUUGGCAGUGAUCCUGACAAUUCUCAGGAAGGUGGGGCUGUGCCUCACUGGAGCCUGAGUGGAUGAUUGUUUUUGUUUUUGAGAACCUUGUUAAUUUAAUAAAAAUGCAGAAGCUUCUCAGAAGGACUGUAACUAAAAGAGGGAGUGUGGAGUUUGUUUUGGUGGGGGAAUAGGAAGGGCACAGGAGAGUACUGGGGCGGGGGUUGGGUGACAGCUGGCCCUGUUAUGAGAGUAUUCUUUGACAAGGUUAACAGGGAAUUGUAUGAAUUUACUUGUCUGGAUAACUGAGCUUCUCUCUCACUAUGUAGUGCCAUCUUAGGGAAAACCUAGGCGAAUGCUGAUUGAACCUUUCUAUGCCAAUCCCAUAAUCUGAAUACAGUAGGGGUGUGUGUAUAUACACACACACACACACACACUAGCUGGGGAUUGGGAGUUCAUAAAAUGAAACAUCUGAAAAUUACGGUAGAUACAGUGCAUGAAUUGUAGUAUGGUGUAGGGCAUUGCUUUCUUGUUCUUCAAACUACAGUAAAAGAGUUUCAAUGCAAUGGAGGCAUCAGACUGUGAAGGAGUGUUGACUUGUUCAUCAGUAUAACUCUUAUGUGAUUGUGGUUGUCUUCUUUUCAUCAGUUGAAAAAAAUGGUUCAUAUAACUAAUCAUUUGUAUGAUUGGUGUUCAUAAAUGAGUGGUCUACUGUAACUCUGAAUGUGGAGGGCUCCACAGGUGUCAUUCACCAUUUGGAACAUAAAUAGGUUUUAUCAGUUCAAAAACUGUAGAAGCUUAAAGCCUUAAAACUUUGAUUAGUAUUGUAACUAUUUAAAAUGUACAGUGAGAGGGUUAGAAGUUCUCUGGGAGCAUUCAAGCAUGCUAAUCUAAACCACCUUGUGAAAGUUACAGGUAGUAGCUAGAAGGCAGGUAGGCCAAUAGCCAUAUUGUCCAUUUUUAUUUUUUUGUCUGGUACAGACCAGACAUCCCCUUACGUGGGUCCAAAACUCUUAGAAAUGGUAGUAAGUUGUGCUAUCAUUUCAUCAGACUUUGAUCAGUGCAAUAGCUGGGCACUAGGGCUCUCAAAUCACUUUAAUCUUGGAGAACAGUGACUGGUCAUCAAUGUAGCUUUAAAAGAUAUACAGCUGUACAAUCUCAUAUGCCCCCAACACCUCUCUCUCUCUCUUUAAUCUGGGUCUUGUCUAACAGGUGUCUGUAGCCUUUGAGGCCUUUAUGGAGAAUCAGAAGCAACAGGUGUUUAUCAGGGUUCCAAGUUGCUGAUGCGUAAAAACUUUUGAGCAGCUAUGGCAACAAAACUAGUUGCUUACAAGUUACAUGCAGCAUUUUUAUACAGAUGCUCAGUAACAUGGAGAUGAGCCAGUUAUAAACAUCUAGAUACCUAUGGAUAGACAAACUCUUCCCAAAAAAAUUUCUGGCAAUAGCUUGCUUUCUCUUCAGUAGCUAGCCGCCUUGAGAUGCAUUCUUUUUCAGAACUUUCCCCAGGUCCCUGCAUCAUUUUACACAACUGAAAACAUACUAUUGAUUUAUACUAUCCAGUGCCCAUACCAAUAUGGGAAUCACGGUUGCCUCAAUUUUUUGUUAAUCCUGAAGUACUGAUAUUGGGGGGGGGGGGAGGGGGAGUUGAAAUAGUUUGCUUUAUUGAAUUUUCUAUUAAAAUGUCUGCUUAUCUCCAAGAGACAGUGGUGUGGGCCAUACUGUCAAGUAGAAAUAGCUGCAAUAUGUAACUAUGAAUGGUUUGACAUCAUGACUGAAACUUGGUAGCCAAGCCUAGUUUUUUCUGUGAUCAUUGGGCAUAAUAGCACUUUAUAUAGUUCCUCUGAUACCUACACAAUAUGAUUAGUAUGACAGUCCUUGGCUUGAGGCCUUUCUCUAGCUAUGUCACCCACUGAUAUAAAUUCACUAGGAUUCCUUUCUUUUGUGUUAACAAAAGAAGUUACACAAUUCUAAAAUAUAGGGAUCAUAUGUAGAAUUGCUCUACUGAGUGUCAUUAAUUAUUGUGUGGAUUAAUGACAUGGAGGAGAAAGGUGGGGUGGAAAGUGGGUAGUUCUGGUGUUUGUCAAAAAUGGAGAAGGGUUUUUCAUACCAUACUGAUUUUGUUUUUCUAACAAGUGCACUGUUUUUCAGAACAGCUUUAUGAAAAAUACUGCACUGACCAAUAACAUCAAUAUUUCUCUGCUGCACAAUUAAUGACCAAAUGUUAUGGUUUCAGAAAUUGCUGUUUGUUUGGCAAUAGAACAAAAAUCCUAUGCAGAAAUAGAGAAGACAGCCCAUGAUUAUAACUGUCUUUUGGGAGGAAAAUUCCAUUGGAGUAGAUCGUCAGACCUUUGACUUCAGUUUAAAAUAAAAAUCAACAGUACAGAUUUCAAGGUUGUUGGGUUUUUUUUAGUCUAGGAUUUUGAAAUGAGCUUGGGAAGGGGGUAAGUGCCUAAGUCCUAUUCCUUUUCUAUUUUUAAAGCUUCCUCAAAUGUAAGCCCUCAGUACACAUCUUUACUUUUAAUGCCUUAAAAGCAGUUUUACUACAGUUUCAGUCUGUUUCAGGGAUAGCUGCGAAGAAAAAGCAUAUAUAUGCAUUUGUUUCACAAAUAACUAAGUAUAGGACAGCAGAUUAUAUUUUGAUAGAAUAUUGCAAAGUUGUUUCUGAAAAGUUAAAAAUCUUUCAAUUGGCAUCCACAAGAGGUGGCUAUUUUCCUACUCUUGUCUCAACAAGAGUGGGUGACGACAAACUGAAAAGAAACUGAAAAUAAAAGGACAAUUCUGCCUUCUGUACGGUUAAAGAAAGAGAUGAGACGGAUAAGCAGUCAAGAAAGUCUCCGCUAGACAGAAGAUGUGUGUUUUUAUUUUUUUGUUUUUGUUUUUGAGUGUUAGAAUAAAAUGUUGAAGUAGCUAAAAUACCAAAUCCUAUGAACAAUGACAACAUUUCAGUGGCUGGUGGCAAUGCUAUUGAUAUUACACAUUUUGAACUCUGUUGGAAUUAAUUAUGCCCUCAGUGGAGAAAGAAGCAGUGAAAACACAUCUUUUCCUAUAGCAACAAAUGGACAGCCAUUUCCGUGGAAUAAAUUAAGGCUCCCUGAUUGGAUUCUUCCAGUCCAUUAUGACCUUCUAAUUCACCCGAAUCUGACUUCAUUAAUAUUCAUGGGAUCUGUGAAGAUUCAAGUCACUGUGGUACAUGAAACUAGCACCAUAGUCUUACAUAGCAAACAUCUGGAAAUCACCAGUGCAGCUAUUGAGGAGGAAAAUGGAAAGACCCAAGCAGAUUUAAAACAAAUGAAAGUUUUGGAAUACCCGCCCCAUGAGCAAAUUGCCUUUCUAUAUGCUGAGCCAUUGCUGGUGGAUAAGAAGUAUUUCCUUUCUAUAAACUAUAUUGCCAAUCUUUCAGACGGUUUCUAUGGCUUUUAUAAAAGUACUUACAAAACUAAGGAUGGUCAAACAAGAUUGUUGGCUUCUACUCAUUUUGAACCUACUUCAGCCCGCAUGGCAUUUCCAUGUUUUGAUGAACCAUCCUUUAAGGCAAAUUAUACAAUAAAGAUUCGGAGGGAUGGGCAACAUAGUGCACUAUCUAAUAUGCCAAAGGUAAAGACUCUAAAGCUAGACAACAACCUGUUUGAAGAUCACUUUGCAGAGAGUGUAAAAAUGAGCACCUACUUGGUAGCAUUUAUAGUUAGUGAUUUCCAGUCAGUCAGUGGUACAACUUCAUCUGGAAUUAAGGUGUCAGUAUAUGUCACUCCAGAGAAACUGAAUCAAGCUCAUUAUGCACUGGAAGCUGCCAUAAAGAUAUUGGAAUUCUAUGAGCAAUAUUUUGGUAUCUAUUACCCUCUCCCAAAACAAGAUCUUGUUGCUGUCCCUGACUUUCAGUCAGGAGCCAUGGAGAACUGGGGCCUGACCACAUACAGAGAGACUUCUCUGCUUUAUGAUCCUGAGACUUCUUCAGCUUCUGACAAACUUUGGGUUACCAUGGUGAUAGGACAUGAACUUGCUCAUCAGUGGUUCGGUAAUCUUGUUACCAUGGAAUGGUGGAAUGACAUCUGGCUGAAUGAAGGGUUUGCUCGAUACAUGGAAUUUAUAUCUGUUGAUGCCACGUACCCAGAGUUGCAAGUGAAUGAUUAUUUGUUAGGUACCUGCUUUGCAGCAAUGGGAAGAGACUCUAUGAACUCAUCUCGCCCCAUAUCUUCAAAAGCAGAAAACCCAACACAGAUCAAGGAAAUGUUUGAUACUGUGUCAUACGACAAGGGGGCUUGCAUUCUGCACAUGCUGCGGAACUUUCUGACUGAAGAGGUGUUCCAGAAUGGAAUAAUUCAUUACUUAAAGAAACACAGUUAUAGUAAUGCAAAGAAUAAUGAUCUCUGGAACAGCUUGGCUAAUACAUGUUCAGAAGAGGACUUUACUUCUGGUAAAUUUUGUUACAGCAAAAGUCAGGUGGCUAAGAAUGCACAUAGCUAUUAUGUUGAUGAACACUUUGAUAUUGUGGAGAUAAUGAACACAUGGACACUCCAGAAAGGAAUUCCAUUGAUUAUUGUCGAACAAAAUCAGAAGAGAAUUAAAAUAAGACAAGAACGCUUCUUGAAAGGCAUUUUCCCACAUGAUCCUCAAUGGGCUUCAAUGCAAAUUGGCUUCCUCUGGCAUGUUCCCUUGACGUACAUCACAAGCCACUCCAAAAGUAUUGGAAGACAUUUACUGAAGAACCACUCAGAUACCAUAGAACUCGUGGAAGAUGUCAAUUGGGUAAAAUUCAAUGUGGACAUGAAUGGCUAUUACAUUGUGCACUACGAGGGGAAUGGAUGGGACACAAUCAUUGAACUGUUGAAUCAGAACCACACCAUCUUCAGCUACAAGGACCGAGCCAACCUGAUCCACAAUGCAUUUCAGCUAGUCAGUGCAGGAAGGCUAUCACUGGAUAGAGCUCUUGAUCUGACGCAAUAUCUCCAACAUGAAUCCAGUAACAUAGUACUUCUGCAAGGCCUGGGUUACCUGGCAGCGAUCUAUCGCAUGAUGGAGAGAAGAAAUAUUUCCGAUGUCACAGAAAGUCUCAAGCGGUACAUCCUGCAGCAUUUUAAGCUGGUGAUUGACAGGCAGACCUGGAGUGAUGAGGGCUCCAUCUCUGAUAGAAUGCUACGUUCUGCUCUCCUUGAGCUUGCAUGUGACCUGCAAUAUCCUCCCUGUGUCCAGAAGGCAAAUGAACUUUUCAGCAAGUGGAUGGGAUCGCGUGGAAAUUUAACUAAUGUUCCUUCUGAUGUCCUGGAGACUAUAUAUUCUGUUGGAUCUAAAACAGCUGAUGGCUGGAAUUUUCUUUUGGAGAGAUAUAAAGUGUCCAUGUCUGGUGCUGAACAGAGAAAGAUCUGUUCAGCUUUGGCAAGCUGUAAAGAUGAUGCAAAACUAACAAGAUUGCUGGAGCUUGCAAUGGAGGGACAUAUAAUCAAGACUCAAGACCUGUCAUCAGUUAUCUAUAGUGUCAGCACAAAUCCAGCUGGACAACAUCUUGCAUGGAAGUUUGUAAAGAAAAAUUGGAGCAAACUGCUAGAAAAAUUUCCUCUGGGGUCCUUCUCAAUCAGAACAAUUAUAAUUGGAGUGACAGCGCAGUUUUCUUCAAAACAAGAGCUGGAAGAGGUGAAGUUGUUUUUUGAAUCUGUAAAGGAGAAAGUGUCGCAGCUGAGAGCACCCCAGAUUGCAGUGGAGAAUAUUGAGAAGAAUAUAAAAUGGCUGGAGAGAAAUUUAGUUACAUUAACAAAAUGGAUAUUGGAGAAUCUUAAGUAAAGCUGCUUGAGAUCAGAUGAAAGAGUGCGGUAUUACUCCAUGCUUUGAAAUAACACAUUUAAAAUCAAACUAGAUAUUUUUUCCUCUGAACAGAUGCAUAAUUGCUGCAGUACUUUAUUGAACAUCGGUCUUGUUGAAUUAUGCAGUUCAUUUAAUGAAAACCUUCCUGACAUCUGAUUGUUUAUUUUUAUGAAAUUUGGGCUGCCAUGUUUACAUUGGUUUUGUGUUUGUCUUUAUAUGUGGUUCUGUUUGAAUAUUUAGGUGUUUAAGCCAAUUGAAGGACUGUAGCUAUAGACUUGGAAGAGCGUGUAUGUGUGUGUGUGUGCAUGUUCAUGCGUUUUUGAUUUCACAAGAACCUUGUAAAAUUAAUUUUGAAAUCCCAGAGUGGGUUACAUAUGUAACUUAGGCUUUCUAUUAAAUUUCUUAACAGCUGCAUAGAACCUAGCCCUGCCAGUGUGUACCUUACUUAUUGUUCUUGGUCAGUGAUUUCGUCUGUUCUUUAAAAAAGCAGCUUUCCCCAUAUUUUGCCUUUGGCAGUUUAAGAAAUAUAAAACAACUUCUAUCAAAGACAAAAUGCUGUGUAAGGUUCAUGAUAGAUGAAAACAACUUAGUUUCAUUUUAAAAAACUUCACAAUAAGCAUAUUUCUACCUUUUUAGAUUCUUCUAGUAUAGAAAUUGUAUGUCUCUUAGACAAAUCCAAAAUCAAGGAUUUUUUUAAGAGACCAAAAUAUCUCACAGAUGUGAGAUAACUGUUUAGCUAAGAAACUGGAACAAAAUACCACUGUAUGUUUAGAUAAUAUUGGAGACUGUGACAUGAAACAAAUUGUGGUAAAAAAUCCAACAUUAAGCUUGACAUCAUCAGGGAAGCAAAUCUAGGACCCUUUUUGAAGGCUCUUGGUUGGCCCUCUUUCCUUCAAGACCCAAGAUUUAAUGAGUGACUCCAAACCAUGUCAUACUGCUGUGCUGUGCCCACUGAGUAACAGAGACGGUGGCCCAGAUCCUCAAAGGUAUUUGGGUGCCUGUCUUUCAUUGAAAUCCAUGUGCGUUAGGCGCCUAUUGACUUUGGAGGAUCUGGGCUUAUGUCCUGAACUGGCAUGAGUGUUCAUGGAGGAAAUUAGGAGAAGUAAUAGAUUGUGAGGAUGGGGAAUCUGCAGUUGGCUAUGAUAAAGGGGAUGAUGUCUUGAUUCUCCAUGGGGCUUAAGUUAACACUCCAGAACACUCUGUCAGCACAUAGCUUAUACUUCACGCUGUGUGGCACUGGAGCGUGAGCAGUACACAGCGCUAUAGCAGCACAACUUUCAACCUGCCCUUUGCGAGCUGGGGAACUCCCAUGAGCUGGGGACUCCUGUGACUCUCAUAUAGCAGCGUUGUCUGAAUGAGUCCUGUUCUCACGUCUACUAUUUUACUGUUCUUUGUCUUAUGUUAAAACUAAUGGUACUUGUGGGUAGGCCCUGAGAGAAUAUCUCUGGGUUUAAUCCUGCAAAGAGCUUAGAGUUUCCUGCCCUCAACAUCCACUUAUUUCAGUGGAAGUUGUGAGCAUUCAGCACUGUGUAGGAUUGGGCCCUUGAGAGUUUUAAUUUGGAAUUGGGCUUUUUUUCCCCUCAAACACAUUGUGGGAUGAGUUAUAGACAGAGGAUUAGCCUUAACUUUUGAAUUUCUAGGCUUUCUCGGGCUUGACACUUAAGCAAAAUUCCCAUUGACGACAGCUGCCAUGCUGAUCAUUUCUGUUCUAAAUAUGGGACUGCCAGACUGAUCAGUGCAUCGAAAACUGCAUCUCUUAAAUAUUAAUAAAUUACAACUGAUCUACUCUACCUGAGAGACAAGCUUUGGAAGCAUUUCUGUGGCAGUGACUGGUUCCAUGGCUGCCACUACUGCUGUCUGGCAGUAGGAGUGCCUGGAAAACUCUUUUAAAUGCCCACUAUUCACAUCAUUUGCAUUCCCUAGAUUGCACCCUUAUAUUGUGGCCAUGUAUUACCUCACAUUACGCUCCACUCAGCCAUAAGAGUUUGCUCACAGUGCUGAGCUCUAUGCAUUUGUCUCCGAGCUAUGCAGAAGCCUUUUGGAAUAGCUACUGAGUAAACACUGUUUGUUGAUCAAUAGUGCUUUUGAUUUUCUUUUUUGUUUGUUUGUUUUUGUAGAACUCAGCAACCUUUAGGACUGUGCCUUUAGAAAAUCCCUGAGGCAAGGGUGGUGUCUUUCUUUUUGUACAAAGCCAACUACAUUGUUGUUGAAUAAAUAAAUAAAUUCAGUCCA